AUGAACCACAUCCAAAAAGUCCCGAGCCCCAACCCACGAUUCGGAAGGAAGUGCCUCGAGUGCAAGGCUCGUAUCGUCGGUCGCGCAGCUUUCAAGCGACACGUUGAAAGACACGCCAAGCUCGCUGAGAUUAUUGAAAGCAACAUGAACAACAACGUCAAAUGGGUCGAGGACCCAGGCUUCGACGUCGACCUCGUACGCGACAUGUACAUGUCCACACCAGCCAAGUAUCGUCACUUUGGCGGCGAAUUCACGACGGGCCCCAUGGCCGGCAAGGGUUUCAUCGAAGGAGAUCCCAAGAUUUUUUUCGCGACCGGUCGUAUCAGGAGGAGCUACGAAUGGGUCAAGAGGGACCUCAAGCCUGAGCGUUUUGCCUUCCGAGCGCUGCAGAACACCAACACCGGCACCGAGACGCCCGAGACUCCGGCAACACCCAGGGUUCUACGAAAGCGCAAGGCCAAGUCGCCUGUUUCGCCUCUCUAA